UAAAUCCUACUUGUUGCCAAACAGCCCCUUCAGCAUUUUAGGUGUCCCGCCCCUUCUCGUUUCUUUCUCUUUCAGGCAUCCUUCUGCUCCCUGAGAUCAAUAUCCUCACCAAACCCUAGCACUGCGCGUCCAAUCCACGAUACAGCCUUCUAGCUCUUCUUUCGAUCGUCGAUCUCUCGUCGGUUAAGCUUUUCGAAAGAUGGGGGAGAAGAGGCGUUGGGGCAAUUGGGAUCAAUCGAAGCUUGAUGACAAUGGACGAUGGCCAUCGAAAUCACCUAGGCACUGGGGACAGCAGAAUCAGGCUGGAUUUAGAUCUUGGAGGGAGGACGAACGCUCAGGGAAACUUACAUCGAAUGGAUGGGGAGAUAGCUAUCAUACAGUUCCUUCAUGGGAGAGGACAUUUUGCAGUUAUGUGUGCCGAGUUCCUUGGAGGAAAAUAUGUGAUGCUGAUAGAGUAUUGUACAUUUACAAGAACGUCGCCAAAUGGGAUGAUUCUGCGGGGCGAGAAGCAUUCCACAAUGCAAAAGCACGAUAUUGGGCGAAAAUUAAUCAUCUCCCUUGUAACAUUCCACUGCCUGACCCGGACAUGUAUAUUGAAAAGGUCGAUUUUGAUACUUUUAUUGAUCCUGAGCUAGCAGCAGAUAUAGAAAGAAGUUUCGUCAACCCCGAUACUGAUGUCGAACCAGUUAUUAAUCAUUUGGAUUCUUUGGAAGAUAAACCCAUGGCUGUGACAAGAUGUGGUGAGGCUGAGCAAUCUUCCUCAAAUUGGGACAAGCAUAUUGAAAAACCAGUUCCAGCUUCUUUAUGGGAUGAUAUGGGUGUCAACAAUGGUUGGGGGAAUGGAAUUGUGCAAUGUGAUUCCUGGCAAAGUAGGAGAAACCAUUCAAUGUAUGUUAAUGGAAAGGAAACUUCACAUCGAGUUAGCUGGAAAGAUCAGGAUGAAUCAUGGAGGCAUCAUGAUAGCUGGAAGGAUUGUCAGGAUAGAAGAAACAGUAGCUGGAAUCAUACGAAUUCAGGGUAUCCAGUAGAUGAUCAUCAAAGGGACAGUAGUUGGAAGUGUUCUGGUAGAAACAGCAGAAACAACACUUCAUUUGAGAAGGUUCAGCCUCAUAAGACAUUGCAGCUUGGCCAGUUUUUAGUACCAAGAAAUCAUCAAAGAACAGGAUAUUCUGGUCCUCAAUUUCAACCAGAGAAUGCAGUGUCAUAGGCUUCGUUUGGGAUGGCUUUCUUCCUGCUUCUUAAAGCAGCUUUUUAU